UUUUGUACUUUGUGCAGAUCCAUUAUAUUUCAGCUCUAUCUUUGCAGGAGCUGAAGAUGCCGCAGUACAUCACUGACAUCGAUGUUUCUGUGAAUGAAGCUGAGCAGCAUCAGCUACGUAAACAUGGCUUCACCCAAGUUCAUGUUAAUUUGAACCCAGAAGGAAAAGGGAACACGAUCUACCUCUGGUAUAAAACCAGUGAUUGCCCAGCAAUCACCAGGAUCCAGUUUUCCUUCACCGAUAAAAUGAAGGAAGGUCUGGUCACUGAAGGGUACCACAAGGUCGACAAAAAUCUCAACACUGGAAACAGUGGCAGCCCCAUCUACCUGUGGUUCUACAAAGGUUCCUCUCAGUAUGAUGUUCCGAUCGUGGAGCUCGAUCUCUCCACUGACGCAGGAGCUGACGCCACCAAAGUCCAGCCUUUGUGGGAGAGGUUGCCCUGUGACCUGAACCGAAGAGCUGGAGGAAACUGGAUCUACCUGUGGGUGAAGAGGGAGACUCAAACCUACAUCUGUGACAUCAAUGCCACUCUCAACAGUUCUUCAGACGCCAACUUGUUCCGUCAAGGUUACAUCCGAAUGGAUGAAGACACCAAUAGAGAUGCAGGCGGCGCUUACGUCUUCCUCUGGUACCGACAGGCCACCGAUAGUCAGAAGGCCAUUAAGGAUCUUCAGGUCUCCACUGAUCAGGAGUCCAAAGAGAGCUAUGAGAAUCAAAACUAUGAGAAAAUGGAAACAAACCUGAAUGAGGGAACCUUAGGAACCCCGGUGUAUCUUUACUACAAGAAAAAUGAGUGCAGCAAAGAUCCUAUCAAGAUGAUCACCCUGAUCCUCGACCCAACCGCAGUGCUGCCGUAUAUCAACGCUGGCGUCGAGGUCGUUGAGAAGAAUCUCAACGAGGGAAAUUCAGGCUUCAGAGAGUACCUGUGUUUUAAUUAGAUAGCGUCAUCAUCAUUUCUGAGCAUGCUCAUUGAGAAGAAAUGAAAACUAAUUCUCAUCAUAUCUUCUAUGACAUGAUGUUCUUGUCUCACAAGUCCUCUCUUGUCCUAAUCUCCGAAUCUGUCUCUGAUGAUACUGUUUUAAUAAAGUUGAGCAUCUGA